AUGGUGUACCCGCUGCGCCGCAACUCGCUGGUAGUGGGGCUUUCGAUGGCGCUUGGUGGCGGGCGCCCCCGGGGUCCCAGCCGCAAGAACCUGGCGUAUCUGAUGAGCCAGGUCGCCGAUAACAACAGCGUAGCACCGCCGAGACCGCUGGCGUUGCUGUCGCCGCCGAAAUUGCUGCUGCUGCGGCUGCUGUUGAACUUCUGCUCCUACGUCGACAUCGUCCAGGAGAACGACGACAUGCCCCAGUUCCGCACCCUGUACUCGCUGGGGUACAUCCCCAAGCUGCCCCAGCUGCUCCACGGACCUACGAAAGCGAAACGGCCGCUGGUGCCGGGGCGGGCGCCCACCAAUAACGCCGACUCCCUCAAGUUCAUGAUCCUGCCGGAACUGCUGGAAGGCGAGGGCGACGACGACGACUUGGUGGUGGCGUCGACCCUCGGCGCCCACCUACGCCAUACCACCACCGAGCUCUCGCUGGCGGAGCACUAG